GAGUUUUGCGGUAUAUCGUAGAGAAGAUGGAAGCAGGGUUGUCCCAAGAAGAUGGCACGGAGAGAGAGAUCAUAAUUGGAGAGAAUUCCCAACCAGAGAGACAAUCAGAAGCCAAACAAGAAGAGGGCCAUCCACAUCAGCACCAAUCCAUUUUGGGCAUGACUCAUGCACCACCACCAAUUCAUGAUGAGCUCUCUACUGGUGUAUUCUUGAACAAUAGGACCAUGAAACAGUGGGUGGAAAAGGAAUCGAACAAGGAUUCCUUCAUGAAAUAUGCACGAGGCCUCUCCAUCACAUGGGCUGAGAACAACUCUUACUGGCAAUGGUUGACCCAAAAGGAUGCACCCAGCGACGACGCCCCGGUGGAAAUGGCCGAGCUCCUCAAAGUGUGCUGGCUGGAUGUGCAUGGUAGGUUCGACGUGUCGAACUUGUCCCUGGGGACGACAUACGAGGUAGCCUUCGUGAUCUUGAUCAGAUCAUCGGGUGAUGGGUGGCAAAUUCCGGUGAACAUCCGGUUGACAUUGUCGGACGGGACCAAGCAAGAGCACAAGGAGAAUCUUAUGGAGAAGCCGAGGGGGGAUUGGAUAGAGAUCAAAGUAGGAGAACUGAGCACAACAAAGCAUAAGGAGGGAGAGAUGGAGGUGUCCAUGUUUGAGCACGGUGGGCAUUGGAAGAGUGGGCUUGUCGUCAAAGGAGUUCUCAUUAGACCCAAGAAGAGGACCGUGAAACACUGGGUGGAAAAAGAAUCGAAGAAGAAUUGCUUCAUGAUAUAUGCACGAGGCGUCUCCAUCACAUGGGCUGAGAACAACUCUUACUGGCAAUGGUUGACCCAGAAGGAUGCAGCCAGCGACGACGCCCUGGUGGAAAUGGCUGAGCUCUUCAACGUGUGCUGGCUGGAUGUGCAUGGUAGGUUCGAUGUGUCGAAGCUAUCCCUAGGGACAACAUACGAGGUAGCCUUCGUGAUCUUGAUGAGAUCAUCGGGCGAGGGGUGGCAAAUUCCGGUGAACAUCCGAUUGACAUUGCCGGACGGGACCAAACAAGAGCACACGGAGAAUCUUAUGGAGAAGCCGAGGGGGGAUUGGAUAGAGAUCAAAGCAGGAGAACUAAGCACAACAAAGCAUAAGGAGGGAGAGAUGGAGGUGUCCAUGUUUGAGCAUGGUGGGCAUUGGAAGGGGGGGCUUGUCGUCAAAGGAGUUCUAAUUAGACCCAAGGAUAGGACCAUGAAAGACUGGGUGGAAAAGGAAUCGAAGAAGAAUUGCUUCAUGAUAUAUGCACGAGGCGUCUCCAUCACAUGGGCUGAGAACAACUCUUACUGGCAAUGGUUGACCGAAAAGGAUGCACCUAGCGACGACGCCCCGGUGGAAAUGGCCGAGCUCCUCAACGUGUGCUGGCUGGAUGUGCAUGGUAGGUUCGACGUGUCGAAGCUAUCCUUGGGGACGACAUACGAGGUAGCCUUCGUGAUCUUGAUGAGAUCAUCGGGCGAUGGGUGGCAAAUUCCGGUGAACAUCCAAUUGACAUUGCCGGACGGGACCAAGCAAGAGCACACUGAGAAUCUUAUGGAGAAGCCGAGGGGGGAUUGGAUAGAGAUCAAAGCAGGAGAACUGAGCACAACAAAGCAUAAGGAGGGAGAGAUGGAGGUGUCCAUGUUUGAGCAUGGUGGGCAUUGGAAGAGCGGGCUUGUCGUCAAAGGAGUUCUCAUUAGACCCAAGAAUAGGACCGUGAAAGACUGGGUGGAAAAGGAAUCGAAGAAGAAUUGCUUCAUGAUAUAUGCACGAGGCCUCUCCAUCACAUGGGCUGAGAACAACUCUUACUGGCAAUGGUUGACCGAAAAGGAUGCACCUAGCGACGACGCCCCGGUGGAAAUGGCCGAGCUCCUCAACGUGUGCUGGCUGGAUGUGAAUGGUAGGUUCGACGUGUCGAAGCUGUCCCUGGGGACGACAUACGAGGUAGCCUUCGUGAUCUUGAUGAGAUUAUCGGGCGAUGGGUGGCAAAUUCCGGUGAACAUCCAAUUGACAUUGCCGGACGGGACCAAGCAAGAGCACAUGGAGAAUCUUAUGGAGAAGCCAAGGGGGGAUUGGAUAGAGAUCAAAGUAGGAGAACUGAGCACAACAAAGCAUAAGGAGGGAGAGAUGGAGGUGUCCAUGUUUGAGCAUGGUGGGCAUUGGAAGAGCGGGCUUGUCGUCAAAGGAGUUCUCAUUAGACCCAAGAAUAGGACCGUGAAAGACUGGGUGGAAAAGGAAUCGAAGAAGAAUUGUUUCAUGAUAUAUGCACGAGGCGUCUCCAUCACAUGGGCUGAGAACAACUCUUACUGGCAAUGGUUGACCGAAAAGGAUGCACCUAGCGACGACGCCCCGGUGGAAAUGGCCGAGCUCCUCAACGUGUGCUGGCUGGAUGUGCAUGGUAGGUUCGACGUGUCGAAGCUGUCCCUGGGGACGACAUACGAGGUAGCCUUCGUGAUCUUGAUGAGAUCAUCGGGCGAUGGGUGGCAAAUUCCGGUGAACAUCCAAUUGACAUUGCCGGACGGGACCAAGCAAGAGCACACUGAGAAUCUUAUGGAGAAGCCGAGGGGGGAUUGGAUAGAGAUCAAAGUAGGAGAACUGAGCACAACAAAGCAUAAGGAGGGAGAGAUGGAGGUGUCCAUGUUUGAGCAUGGUGGGCAUUGGAAGAGCGGGCUUGUCGUCAAAGGAGUUCUCAUUAGACCCAAGAAUAGGACCGUGAAACACUGGUUGGAAAAGGAAUCGAAGAAGAAUUGCUUCAUGAUAUAUGCACGAGGCGUCUCCAUCACAUGGGCUGAGAACAACUCUUACUGGCAAUGGUUGACCCAAAAGGAUGCACCCAGCGACGACGCCCCGGUGGAAAUGGCUGAGCUCCUCAACGUGUGUUGGCUGGAUGUGCAUGGUAGGUUCGACGUGUCGAAACUGUCCCUGGGGACGACAUACGAGGUAGCCUUCGUGAUCUUGAUGAGAUCAUCGGGCGAUGGGUGGCAAAUUCCGGUGAACAUCCGGUUGACCUUGCCGGACGGGACCAAGCAAGAGCACAAGGAGAAUCUUAUGGAGAAGCCGAGGGAUUGGAUAGAGAUCAAAGCAGGAGAACUGAGCACAUCAAAGCAUAAGGAGGGAGAGAUGGAGGUGUCCAUGUUUGAGCAUGGUGGGCAUUGGAAGAGAGGGCUUGUCAUCAAAGGAGUGCUCAUUAGACCCAAGAAUUAAUUAAAUUAAUCAAUCAACUUAUAAGAUUAUGUAGAAGUGCUUUUUCUGGUAUAUAUUUCUUAUUCAUUUCAUU